CGCGGAGGCGGAGUUACCAAAACCUUCUCGAUUUUUCGACUCGUGGACCGAAAUGUGAGGAUUUAUGAUUCUGGCGUCUGUAAGACAAAACUAAUCCGCGCGUGCGGUGGAUGGAUAAAAUGGAACAAUCAGUACUCAGCUGCAGCUCGUGUCAGACGAUCAUCUCAGCCAAAUCUGCAGGCAUGACGGAGCCGGCGGGUUACCUGAUGGACGGGAGUCCGCUCAUCACCGCCGCUCAGCUGGGCAAACUGCGCUUAGUUCGUCUGCUGGUGGAAGGAGGCGCUCAGGUCAACGAGAGGAACCAGAGAGGAGAGACGCCGCUGCUGGCCGCCUGCAGAGCUCUCCGCACCGAUCAAUCUGGAAACACGAUGCUGAGAUUAAUUCAGUUUCUUCUUAGUAACCAGGCCGACCCGAACAUCCAGGACAAGACGGGCCGCACGGCUCUGAUGUACGCCUGCAUGGAGCGGGCCGGAGCAGAGGUGGCGGCCGCUCUGAUCGCAGCAGGUGCUGAUCCCAGUAUGGAGGAUUACUCCGGAGCGUCGGCCCUCGUUUACGCGAUCAACGCGCAUGAUCAGGACACGCUGACGGUGCUGCUGGACGCCUGCAGAGCCAGAGGACGUGACAUUAUUAUCAUAGCCACAGAUCUCAGCUGCGACGGCAGCAGCGUGACACGCCGCUAUCUGAACGUUCCCCCGUCGCCCGACACCUCGCCCGUCUCCUGCAUGUCACCCUCGGACAUCGAGCUGAAGACAAACUCUCCGAACUCUGACGGUGAAAACAUCUUCAAUUUUCGAGCAGGUGGUUCUCCAGUGCUUCCGCGAAGCAAGAGCCGCCAGCGGUUGCACUCAGAGCCGUGGCUGGCCAUCCAAAACCUUGCGCAUCUCAGCCAGACCUACGAGAAGAGCCUAGAAGAAGCUGUGAAAGAGGAAAAUGAGGACAAACACUCACUUAGCAGAUGUUUUCAAUCGGAGAAAGCAGAUUUCAAGCUCAGAGCUGCAGGAACAGGAUGCAGGAAUCCAUCAGAGCGGCUGCAGAGCAGAAGAAGCACAUUACCGGAUCUCCUUCAGCCGCCGUCCCUCAAACUCACGCUCUCCAGCUCGGACACUCACUUACACCAGGAGGUGUCCAGGUUCCCUUCCAUAUACAGAACCAGUUCGUUGUUUCUGGCUCCUCCUGACAGGCUUCACGACUUCCAUACGGGGAACAAGAAGAAGUCGAGAGAGCAGUUGAGAUCUCAGGCUCACAGCAGCUUCUUGCCUCCUCUUCCCGUUGGCUCCGGUGUGAAUGUUUCCGUGUGCAGAGAGCCGAUCCCAGCCUCCCUCGCUCUCAGUCCGUCACGCCGUCACUCGGUUCAGCUCCAGAUGGGAAGCUCCGAGGAGACGUUGUGAAAAUGUCUUCUAUAAUAAAACUUGGACAAUUAAAUAUCAUGAACUUGAAACUGUAAAACACUGUUUUAGGACAAUAAAUAAAUAAGAAAAAAAAUUA